GAGAUCCCGAGUUAAGUUUGAAGACGUUGGUUUGGCGGUAUCGGUUGUUGUUGCAAUAAUGUCUUCAGUUCAGCAUCUGAGAGAGUUCAUCAAGGAGAGAUUAAAUGCUGCUACAGAAGAAAUCUUCUCAGAGUUUGAAAAAACGAUCGUCCGGUAUGAGGAGGAGAUCCGUCAGCUAAGACUGCUUAAUAUCAGACCCGGGAUAAAGUCACACAAUACAGGUCUGGAUGAUCAGCAGGUCAGUGACCAGGAAAGGAGCUCCAGUCUGGACCAGCAGAACACAGAGCCUUCAAAGAUUAAAGAGGAACAGGAGGAAAUCUCCAUCAGUGGGGAAGGAGAGCAGCUUGAACUGAAGCAGGAGGAUGAAGGGAUUCAUGUCUGGACCGGAGAACAGCUGGAUUUGUUGUGGAAACCUGGACUAAAGCUGACCAGAAUAGACCUCCCACAGCAACGUGAUUGUAAGGAAAAUGAGGAACUGGAUGACCUGCAGGUAUGUAGCCAGGAGAGGAACUCCAGUUUGGACCAGCAGGACACAGAUCCUCCACAGAUUAAAGAGGAACAGGAGGAAAUCUCCAUCAAUCAUGAAGAAGAGCAGCUUGCACUGAAGCAGGAAACCAAAAGCGGCAUCAUCUGGACCGUGCAGCAGCUGGGCAUCAUGUGGAACCCUGAAGUAAAGUUGCACAGAAUAGAUUUAAGAUUUCCACAACAUGACUGUAAGGACGAGGAUGGGCUCACAAAUCAGCAGGUCUGUAACCAGUAGAAGAACUCCAGUCUACACCAGGAGGAUCCUUCACAGAUUAAAGAGGAACAAGAGGAACUCUGUACCAGUGAAGUGGAAAAAACGGUUGUUCUAAAGC